CCUGCGCGUCUGCGCCGACGUCCAUGGAGGCGGCGGCGGCGCGCUGAAGGGGCAACUGGGCCCGGAAAAGCUUUUUUUUUCCCCAGGGCGGUUCGACGAACGGCGGAGAAAUUGUGUUCCGCCUUUGCCGCUGGCGCUUCCUGUGGGCCUCAGCUUUUUGUCGUGUGGACGCGGCAAGUCCCGUGCACACGAUGGGGCGCAGGCAGCGCCAGAGACAGAAGGAGAGCCGGGAGAGGAGGCCUGGGGGCUGGCCAGAAGGUGGUUACCCCGAGAUCGUAAAGGAGAAUGCGUUGUUUGAGCAUUAUUACAGUAAGCUGGGCAUCGUGCCCGAGGGGGAGUGGGAGAGCUUUUUGGCAGCCUUGCGGGAACCGCUUCCUGCCACCCUUCGCAUCACAGGGUAUAAAAGCCACGCCAAAGAAAUUCUUCAGUGUUUGAAGAACAAGUACUUCAAGGAAUUAGAGAACCAAGUUGUAGAUGGUCAGAAAAUUGAAAUGCCACAGCCGUUAACCUGGUAUCCAGAAGAGUUAGCAUGGCAUACAAACUUAAGCAGAAAAGUCCUGCGAAAAUCACCAGAACUAGAAAAAUUCCAUCAUUUUCUUGUCAGUGAAACAGAAUGUGGGAACAUUAGUCGUCAAGAAGCUGUCAGUAUGAUUCCUCCCCUACUCCUUGAUGUCCAACCUCAUCAUAAGAUUUUAGAUAUGUGUGCUGCACCUGGAUCCAAGACUGCACAACUUAUUGAGAUGCUCCAUGCAGAUAUGAAUGUGCCUUUUCCAGAGGGAUUUGUGAUUGCAAAUGAUGUUGACAACAAGCGUUGCUAUUUGCUAGUUCAUCAGGCAAAAAGGUUAAACAGCCCUUCCAUCAUGGUUGUAAAUCAUGAUGCCUCCAGCAUCCCUAGUUUACAGAUCACUGCAAAUGGAAGAAAGGAAACCCUUUUCUAUGAUCGGAUAUUAUGUGAUGUCCCUUGCAGUGGAGAUGCAACCAUGAGAAAAAACAUUGAUGUAUGGAAAAAGUGGACUACACAAAACAGCUUGCAGUUACAUGGGCUGCAAUUAAGGAUUGCAACCCGUGGAAUUGAGCAGCUGGCAGAAGGAGGUAGGAUGGUAUAUUCAACCUGUUCAUUGAAUCCUAUCGAAAAUGAAGCUGUCAUUGCCUCUUUGCUGGAAAAAAGUGAAGGUGCCUUAGAACUUGCUGAUGUUUCUUCAGAGCUUCCAGGUCUAAAGCGAAUGCCUGGGAUUACACAGUGGAAGGUAAUGACAAAAGAUGGUCAGUGGUUUGAAGACUGGAAAGAUGUACCUUCCAACAGACAAACCCAAAUCCGGCCCACUAUGUUCCCCUUAAAAGAUGAAGAAAAACUUAAAGUAUUAAAUUUGGAGCGCUGCCUUAGAAUUUUGCCACAUCAUCAAAAUACUGGAGGCUUCUUUGUAGCUGUAUUAGUUAAAAAAUCUCGCAUGCCAUGGAAUAAGCGCCAGCCCAAGCUCCAUCAAGAGCUGCCAUGGAAGGCAGAAGAUGCCAUACCUGGGAAACAAGGAUCUUCAGAAACUGUUGAAGACCAUGUAACUACAGAUGCCAAAACUGAAAACACCUUGGUGAUUGAAAGUACAGAAAUGAAAAAAGAUGGAGUUUGUGGGCCUCCACCAUCUAAAAAAAUGAAGCUUUUUGGAUUUAAAGAAGAUCCAUUUGUGUUCCUUUCUGAAGAUGAUCCAUUGUUUCCACCUAUUCAGUCUUUUUAUGCCUUGGAUCCAUCAUUUCCCAAAAUGAAUUUGUUAACUCGUACUCAGGAGGGAAAGAAGAGGCAAUUAUACAUGGUUUCCAAGGAAAUAAGGAAUGUCCUCCUGAAUAACAGUGAAAAGUUGAAGGUUAUUAACACAGGAAUAAAAGUGUGGUCCAGAAAUACUGAUGGAGAGCAGUUUGGCUGUGCCUUCAGAUUAGCACAAGAGGGAAUAUAUACGUUGUAUCCCUUUAUCAACGCAAGGAUCGUAAAUGCCAGUAUAGAAGAUAUGAAAGUGCUAUUAACAGAAGAGAAUCCAUUCUUAUAUAAAUUUAGUAAUGAGGCACGUAGUGAAGUAAAAGGAAUAGCUAUGGGGAGCAUAGUGUUGAAAUAUGAACCAGAUCCAAGCAAAGCAGAUACUCUUCAGUGUUCCAUUGUGUUGUGUGGUUGGCUUGGCAAGACUUCUCUACGUGCUUUUGUGCCCAAGAAUGAGAGAUUGCAUUACUUGAGGAUGAUGGGAGUUGAAGUAUUCAAAGCAAAGAGGAAAGAAGGAAAUUUAGAAAAUAAAACAGAAACAGAAUCCUCAGCUACUGCAGAGCAGGCAGAGGAAGAAAUGGACUUAGGAUGUGAAGCCAAGGAAAACAGUGAACUGCCUAUGCAAAGAGAAGAUGAAUUGAAUGGACAAACUGUAAAGGAAUGUAUGGAAACAAGUAUAGGAGAAAAUAUGUCUUCUAGCAACAAAAAUGAGAAUACCAAAAAUGCAGAAACCAAAGAUCGUGUUGACCUUAGUGUUUAAAAAAAUCUAAACUGUUACUUUUCAUUGAUUGCUUAUGUCUAUUAUUUGAAUGCAGCUAAACACUUGCAAGCCAAUUUUAAUAAAAAGUUAUUCCAGUUUGUUGGAGAAAUGUGGUAUUGAGCCAUAUAUAUAUGUGUGUCUAAAAAUUGCUUUGUUUUAUCAUGUAAACUACAGGAUUUUGAGUAACUUUGGUGAGUCUGUUGCUGGCAAUAGAUUUUGCACCUCAAAAGUGGAUCUUACUAGUGAUAGGACUGAAUAAAUUAUUGGAAUGUGAUCUUGAUUUUUAAAAUUA